AUGGCCUACUCCACCUAUUUUCUAUGUUUCUAUGUUUCCAUGACGUAUCUGAAAGAGUUAAUCAGGCGCUUAUCAAAUGUACAUCAGAGUUAAGCCCCUUGUCUGGUUAAUCUCAUUGGGUGUUUACCAAGGAUUCCUCGGGCUCGAUGUGUGGAUAUAAGCUACGGGCUGAACUGAAGGGACUGUAUGGUUUGGGACCUUGCUCAGUGACCUGUGGGUUGAGCUGAGAAUGCAGGUUGGGGGAUCUGCCCACAUCUACAUGUGUUCCUGAUCCAAUGGCUUGGGUGGAGUGGGCUGUACACUCUCGUGGGUGAGACAGUCGGGUCAUUGGGUUCCUUGAAACACCAUGAUGGAGAUCUACUGAGCGGAGAAUCGGUGAGGAUUUCCAACGCAAACUCCGGACGUUCCUGAGAAACCACCGACAGUGAGUGUGGACAGUUGUUUCCCAGCUAUGAGCCACAAGGAAACCGACGAAGAUGUCAGUAGACUGGGCAGUGUUGCGUCUGAUGAGGAGCAACUGGUUGAGGAACUACCAAGUGCUGUAGAUGAUGACUGCAGACCAAACGCGGAAAAUGAAACAGAAAAUGAAGGAUUCUUCAACAUGCUGAGUCACGUCCAGAGGAACCGCAUGGAUGACCAGAGGUGUGACCUCCGGGAGAGCGGGACACCCUCCCAUAGAUCCACGCUGAUUGAGGCCUGUGAUAGCAGCUCCGACCGGCCCAUCAAUGAACUCCUGGACAUGCUGGCCGACAAGCAAGGGCAGCGGCUGGAUGAUCAGAGAGUGGCCUGUGACAACUUACCCGGUCUGCAGCUGUCCACCUGUUGCCUCCCGUCCACGGACGAAGAGACUGAGAAUGAAUAGUGACGUCCCAGGACAGGAUCAGGUUCCUGUUGGGCCUGAAGAAUAUCCAGAACUGACUCACUGUCAAACAGUCAGAGGGACCAUCGCUGCUUUUACAGUCUGAAGAAGGAUCUCAGCCCAAAAUGUCACCUAUUCCUUCUCUCCAGAGAUGCUGCCUCACCCGCUGAGUUACCCCAGCAUUUUGUGGCUGCUUUUACAUAUUAGCCUUUGCGAAUGAGUCUGUAUUGGAGACUAACCUUUCUGCUUUCUCUUGUGGUUCUGUGACUCAGAUAAGUGAGUUGGACAUUGGUUUUUGUAGCCCGAUCCUCAAUGUGAAAUAUCACCUUCCCACCGCGCCCAAGUCUCCUUGAGAAUUGCCUCAAUGCUCUUAGAACCAGCAUAUCUGAAUUUGCUGUAAAACAAAAUGCAUCGCUUAGAC